GUUUUUGUUAGAAAUCGUGUAGUAUACCCUUUACAUGUAUUGUCUAUCAAUAUAAACAGGCAACACUUAUGUUUCUUCUUUAUGAUACCGCUCUAUAAAAACCUAUCCGGUUUGUCUUUGAUCUCCCCUGUUCGAUAUAUGGCUCUCCAUGAAGUCACUCCCAAUUAUACAUUUUAUUAUAUUUAAAUAUGUGACAUUUUAAUCAAUGUACAUCGUGCUUUGACGAAUACGAAAUGUAGUGUAAUUUGUGGUAAAUUAAAACUACUAUUUUGUUGAGCAAGGAUAUGAUUUUAUUUCCGACGACAUAAACCACAAUCCUUCGUGGCACUCUUACGCCGAGCCCUGCGCCUGCAUCCUGCACAUCAGAUUAUGCGCCCAGAUGCUUGUGCCGCGAGGAAACUGGAAAUCAAAACCUAAGAAAGGUAUGUCGGAAACAUUGAUAUUCUGAGGUUAUAAUCGCAUCGCCCUCGUGAUAUUAUAACCUACUAAUUCUUCGCUUGCUCAACCACUAUCACAAUUUCGUUGUCAAGAAUGUCGUCACAUAAUGAACAUAACAGACAUAUUCCCGUCGAGAAGCUGGAUGGCUUGGGAAAUUAUUCAAAUUGGAAAUUUGCCGUGAAAAUGUUACUUACGCUGGAUGGUCUAUGGGGCUGCGUGGAAGGUACGGAUACCGAUGCGACCCGCGAGAGCCGCGCCUUAGCUAAGAUAUGUUUAACGAUUAAGCCCGCGUUGUACCAGUACGUGCGAGAUGCCACGUCGGCAAAGGACGCCUGGAAGAAGCUUGCCGAUGCCUUCGAGUCCAAAGGUCUAUACAGAAAAGUGCUCUUGUUACGUCAACUGCAUAAAAUUGAAUAUAAUCAGUACAGCGGUAUGUCGGAAUAUAUCGAGGCGGUCAUGCGUCUCGUUCAACAGCUCGACGAUAUAGGCAAGAAAAUAGACGACGAUGAGGUAGCGGAAAUCCUGUUGAGUGGUUUAUCGCAGGAAUUUGACAACCUGGUGUCGGGUCUGGAAACCGCCUGUCUUACGAGCACACUCACGGUGGAGCUUGUGCGGGCCAGAUUGCUGCAAGAAGAACACCGGAGAAGUGCGGGUGACCAGGAGGGUGUGAAGGCCUACCUAGGAAGCAAAAAGAAGAAGUCAUCGCCUAUGUUCUGCCAGUUCUGCAAGAAGAGCGGACACACUAUCAAGCGUUGCUUUAAACGCAAGAAGGAGCUGAAGAACAAUGAAGAGAACCACACUAUGUUUGCAUCAGCCAUGGUAUGCAGCGGCAGCAGCAGCCAUGACUUUGUGGUGGACUCCGGCGCAUCCCAACAUAUGAUUGCUAAUAAGGAGUUACUAGAAGAACCUAGAGAAAGAAGACACCAUCAGUGGUAGAUGCGAGCCAUGCCUGACAGGCAAGAUGGUGCGAGCACCAUAUCCUGCUGUCAGCAUGAAGCGCACUACCCAACCUUUAGAACUCAUCCAUUCAGAUGUGGCUGGACCUAUGCAAGUCAAAACUUGGGGUGGAGCUCGUUACCUUUUGACCUUCACAGACGACCAUACCCGGAAAACUUGGGGCUACCUUAUGAAGCACAAAUCAGAGGUGAGUUCACAUUUUAUUAAUUUUAAAACUAUGAUAGAGAAACAAUCUGGUUUAUCCAUUAAAAUUUUGCGCAGUGACAAUGGCCUUGAGUUUACAAAUAAUAAACUGGCCAAUUAUCUUAAAGACCAUGGUAUUUUACACCAAACCACUGUCCCUUACAAUGCUGCUCAAAAUGGAACAGCGGAACGGGCUUUUAAAACGAUUUUUGAUAAAACUAGGGCUAUGCUGCAGGAAUCCGGCCUGUGUAACCGUUACUGGGGAGAGGCAGUUAUGACAGCCAUUUACCUGAAAAAUAGGUCUCCUACCAGAGCGCUUUCAGGUGGAAUUCCCGAGAGCUUAUGGACUGGGUCUCCUAUAGACAUCAGUCAUUUACGUGUCUUUGGGUGUACUGCUUAUGCACAUGUACCU